GUGCAAAAUGUAAACAAACAACAAACGAACCCCGUGAAUGGAUGUGUGAGCAGCUCUCGUUUUGAUUUUCCCUUUUGUUUAGUUUCGGUAAAAAAAAACAUACCCCAAGGGAGAAAAAUCGCCACAGGCCAUUACAUUUUCAUAAUAACCGAAUGGGUGCCUUCCAGUGGCCAUGGCAGUAUUCGUUUCCACCAUUUUUCACAGUGCAAGUGCACGCCAAAACAAAGGAACAGCAGCUGGCCACCUGGAAGGAGCUGGUGCUAAACUAUCAAAAGCAUGAGCGCCAAGCGUUGCUAAACAUCGCCGAAGAUACACCACUGUUCGUCAAUCAGGAGCUGUCCCGCAAGCUGCCGCCCGAAGCACGGCUAUGGAUAAUGGAAGAGCUGGCAAAGACGGGCCAUGCGGCCACCACCGACAAACGGAAACAGCAGUGGGAGGUGUACUGGCACACGUUGGACGAAUGGGGCACCAUCCUGUACGAGUGGGCGGUGGCCAGCGGGACAACGAACACGGUCUGCACGCUGUACGAACUGGUGGCGGGUGAUAAUACGGUCGGGGAAGAGUUUUACGGGCUGGACGAAGGUGUGCUUAGGAAGGCACUGAAGAUACUCGAAGCACGGGGCAAAUGCGAGCUGAUCGCGUUCGAUGAUAAUGAGGGAGUAAAGUUUUUCUAAAACCAACCACAGUGUAAACGCAGAUGUGAUCGUUAAAUACAAUACCGAGGGAGCGGUGUGCAGUGAGCAACGGGAAGCGCGGAACAGGUGUUUCGGAAGUUUUUGCCAAAAACCAUAGCAAUCCAGAAAUCAAAUUCCAAAUUUUAUUAAUCUUCAUUCAGUUUUUGUUGGUAGAUGUUGUUGCUGCCUGUUGUUGCAUCCUCCGAGCAAGUGCGCUCACUCUCUCUCCUUCUCUCCAUCUCUCGCUCUUUCGAUCCUCUUUUCUAACAUCGAUAAUCCUGAUAAGUUGAGCUCGAUCGAUCUAUUUCCUUUCCGUUUUCAUGCUCUCUUUCCGGUCACUCCGGUUCCAGGUUACGUCCCAGAGGGUGGAUUUUCCUCGAGCCUUUUUCCCACAAUGAUGUUAUAAGCUAUUACACUUUCUGAACAUCCGAACCGGAUCAGCUCACCCUUUCCUUACGUUUCCUUAGAUUAAAGGGGUUGGUACGAUACGUGUUUUUUUUUAGCUAUGUGUUUUGUUGUUUUGCUUUUUCUUUAUUCUUUAAAUGAUUUGCAUUUUGCAACACCGAUUCUAGUAAACUGUUUUGCUUUUAAAUGUUGUUUUACGUUUCUUUUGCAUUCUCGAGAAAAUGUAUGUAAUGUAUGGUGUUAUAUUGAGAUUUUGUCAUUUUACUUACUUACUUUGCGUCAUGUUUUUUGUUUCGUUUUGUGUUUUGUUUUUCUUGCUGUUGUACGUUGUUUCUUUAUUUGUUGUGUUAGUACACGCUUCUACAAAAGGGAGAACCCCCUUUUUUCUUACUAUUUUGUUUGGUAGUAUCAGAGUUUUGUAAUUGUAUUAGAUUUGAAUUCGUUUGCGCACUCUCUUUGUUGUUUGAUGCUUUACUUGAAUUGUUUCACGGACCACGGACAAAACACGGUAGGAGAAUAGAAUCUUAUCUACGUUCAACUACAUUUGUUUGUUUGUUUUUUUGCUGCUGUUGUUAUCUCUUCUCUUUUUCCACUCUUUUUUCUUCUUUUUUUAUUUAGCAUCUAUUACAGUAUAUUAACCAUUAGGUUUUGUGUUGUUUUGUCGUGCUUUUCUUGCUUUCGUCUAUUACAGUUGCAUGAUUGCCUAUGACAUUUUUAAGGUGGCAUUAGAACGAUUUUCUCGAAUGUUCUAUUUUUUGUUCGCGGGUGUUUCCGGCGGGGAAAAUGGGCUUUCAUGUGUGGGGUUCAAUCUGGUACCAUUCGCUUACGGCUUCCUUUCAUCCACGGGUCAGGAAACGAAGUGAUAGAGAAGUAACGCAUUCCUAACUGAAUCUUUGAUCCAACGUUUUGUUAGUCAUAAAUUUAAUUUUGCUCUCCUUGUUUUAUGUUGUAGUUUUACUUCCGUUUCGUGGAGGAAACCGAACAAAACCAGUUCACUAAUCCACUAAUGCUCGUCUCCGGCCUUUCUUAAUAGUUGGUAGUAGAAAAAAUAAAGUCUGCUUAGCAUUUGCUUAAUAAAUAUAGAAAUAAUAGUAUAUUCAAUCGAUAUUAUUCAUAUUCAACAACAACAAAGUGCGUGCUAGGCUAGCAUUCGUUUCAUUUUUUUUUCAUUUCCUUCCUGUUUAAAAUAAGUUCCUCUGAUUUCUAUGCAUGUUUGUGUUUUAUGUUUUUUUGUUGUUGUUUUGCUUAAUCUUUUCCUCCAAUCCAGUUCAGCAAUUGUUUUACCAUUUUAGAGCCCAUCUUAUGAGCUUACCUUACCGAAGCAUUCACUGGAGUAGGAAGUAAGUACUUGUGAGAGUGUGUGUGUAUGUUUGUUAUGUUGUGUGCUUUUCAUAUUUUAAAUAUAGAAUUUUCUAUCGACUUCUCUCAAGUUAGACUCGAUGAUGAUAACAAUUAUAGAACUACUACAACUCUUUCUGCUGGGUUUUCCGUUCCUUUCCAUUUACUGUCUGUGAUUCCAUUUACUGAAGGUCUUCGCUUUGCAUUUUAGCUCAGGUUUUGUUUCAAGUUUGAUUACCGGUUGUCCAUCUCCUGCUUGAAGGUAUUUCUGACCGGAAUGAUAAAUAAGAAAAUACAAAAAAAUCCUCUGGGAUCACGUGUUAUAAGCAUUUUUUUUAAACCGGGAGACAAAAAACCAUAAAAAAUGUGUAGAAAAGAUUAAAAAAACUUAAGUAGAUCCAUUUCCCACUUACAUUACAUCCCUUUACUGUUACUGUUUGAUGUCCUUUUUGGCAAUAUCGGGGGGAGGGCUCGCAUUUACUAUGAGUUCGCCUGUACGCUACACACGACUACGUAAUGUAAAAACCUGGUUUCUGGUGCAUCCUACAUUGGUAGCGGCUACACAACAAACAUACAUAGUUCCAAGGUAUUACGCUCUCUCUAGCAUUGUGAUUGUGUAGUUUUCCAAAUGCGUUUAAGUUUUGUGUAGUUUUUACUUUAAACUGUUUCUUUUUUUCCUUUUAUAGCUCGCAUCUUCGUGUCCCUUUGUUUCGUCUAGAGUGACAAUAGUGAUGUAAAAUGGUUUUGCGAUCUAAUAGAAAAGCGGCAAUUGCUGUCGUCCGUGAUGUUGUGGGGUUUGGGUGUAAAUGAGUUGCAGAAACCGAGUUACUGAAAUCGGCAGUGAUUUGGCCACAGCAUUUUACUAGACGUGCGACAACCGAGCUACGGUGCGACGGAAUAAUGAUGUUUUACGUUGACAAAAAAAAAAAAAAAAAAAAAAAAAAACAUAACACAGAAGUCAACAACCGUUGCUUAGAACAUAUGAAAGUAAAGCGUAAAACAUAGAACAAUGUACAAGUGCUCUAAAACAUAGCAGAAAAUUGCAAUAUAAAAGAGUUUUGUACAAAAUAAAAAGAGCCGUAAGAAGGCGUGACACGAUCCCGCUCCCGCGUUUGUGACUACUGUUUGUUACUAUCUUGCGUGUAUGUGUGUUUGUUUUAGAAGCGCGUACGCGCGUUUGGGCAAAUAUUUGUGUUUGUUACUUUCUCUCUCUCUCUCUUUCCUCAUUCAAAUGUUUCAAUCACCUGGUGUUCUUUUGCCCUGUUCAUUGCAUUCCAUUGCCUAUUAUACGCUGUUUUUUGUCGCGUUCUAAAAACCUACUACUAUAAUUUGACUUUAUCAUUUUCACCAUUUUCUUACUUUUUUGUUGUUGUUGUGUUUUGUUGUGUUCCUUUGUUUUCCUGUUGUUGUGAAGAGUUCGCAUUUGUCUUUCUUCGUUUCUUUUGUGUUAGUUUGUUUGUUUUCAUUUUUGUAAGAGCAAAUUACUAAUACUACCAUCGAUUUUGUUUAAAGGUUUUGUUUGCUUUCUUCUUCCGAUGUACACAUCCUCCUUUUCGCGCUUUGUUUUUCUUUUCCCCAUUUUGAUUACCAUUCAUUCUUGCAACUUGCUUAUUUGUUUGCUUGCUUGCAUUCCCAUCGGUCAACGCUUUAUCUAUUAAUUUAUUGCUUUAAGAGAUUUCUUACAGAGUUUUGUUUUUGUCUGUGUUUGUGUUUUCGUGUUGCUGUUUAGUUGUUCGUGUUAUGAAUGCGUGGGAAAUGUUUUAAGUUCAGACACGGUGUUGGUGUUGAGAGCGUUGCCACGAGCUUUUUUUUUUUGUAUUAGCACGCAUUACAAAUGGUUCGUUUUCCCCUGCCUACUCUUUUUCAAUGAAAAUGGGCCAUUUUGGGCAAACGUGAUUGUGUGAAAGAUGAUUGUUAAAAAUUGGGACACACCUUUCGCUUUCGGGUGGUGGUAGUACAUAUGAUAGGUAGCGCUUCGAUUUAGCUUCCAAAUCGUCUCUCGCUCACAUACGUGCUCCUGUACUCGGUUUGCAUACUAGGGUUAGAGGGGCUUUUGUGUUAUAAAAAGGAGAGAAAGAUACAGUAUAGAGCGAGAGCUUCGAUUAAGUGUUUAGUGGGGUUUUAGUAAGGAUGAAGGGUUAAAUAGUGGCCAACGGCCGUAUAUGGAUGCCGAGAGCAUCGUCCGUUCGACCAAACCACAUUGCUGCUAGGUCGUUUUACAAGUAGUAAAAAGGGGGAAAUUUUUAAAACUCAAACAUACGAGGAACAACGAUUACAAGUCACAAGUUGCGAGUGUAAUAUACUCUCGACGUUGUGAAAAGUGUGGGAGACAAAGGUGUAUGUGUGUGUGUGUGUUUGGUUGAGAAAUCGAUUCCCCGUACCGACUAUGUUUUUUUCCCACACUUUUUCAAGUUUUUCUUUGUUGUGUUCGUGUUCUGUGUGUUUUUUGUUUUGUUUCUUUGUUUUGUUAUGUUUGCUUUAGUUUCUUCUACUUUGUUUUCUUCUUCUUCAUCUUACUUCUUUCUUCCUAUGGGUUUAUAUUUGUGGUAAGUGUUUUUUGUUCAGCUCCUCUUGCUGAACUGGAUAUAGACUCUAGACACAUUAACCUAUAAUAUUAAAUAGCACUUCUUCGCCGCACUAAACACCGACCUAAC